AUGUUCGUCCGUGGGCCCGCAGCCAGUCAGAUGGUUCUGCUGUCAAUCCUUCUGCCUCUUCUGCACUCGCUGGGUGGAGUUUUGGGAGCCAAGACUUGUGUCCCCAGGCCGAGCUGCAGCGAGUGCAUCCAGAGCCCGGGCUGUGCCUGGUGCUCAGCGAAGGGCUUCCUGCAGGCCGGGGAGCCCAGCGAGAGGCGCUGCGAUGCCAAAGAGGCGCUCACCAGCAGAGGCUGUAAAGAGCCCCACCUCCCUGAGACAGAGGAGGCACUCCUUAUGAAGGACAAAGAGCUGAGUGCUUCUGACGACAUUAUCCAGCUCCGACCCCAACAGAUAGACUUUCAGCUCAGAGUGGGAGUUCCACAAACCUUCAAGGUGUCGUUCAAGCGGGCCGAGGGUAACCCCAUCGACUUCUACUACCUCAUGGACCUGUCCUUCUCCAUGGGGGACGACCUGGACAUGAUCAAGAAACUGGGUCAGGACAUGGUCAGCACUCUGCAGAGCUUCACCAAGAAACUGCGGAUAGGAUUUGGGUCCUUUGUGGACAAGGUGGCGUUGCCGUACGUGAGUCAGAUGAAGAGGAAGAGGAGGGAUCCCAGUCCGCACCGAGAAACCAGCUGCCAGCCAGCCUUCAGCUUCCAGAACCUCCUCAACCUCACAACAGACAUUGCGGCCUUCGAGAAAAAGGUCAUCGGGCUGAGGAUUUCUGCCAACCUGGACUCACCCGAGUCAGGCUUUGACGCCAUCAUGCAAGCUGCGGUCUGUAAGGACGUGAUUGGCUGGGACAAAGGGACCAAGAUCCUACUCUACACGUCUGAUGACACGUUCCACAUGGCGGGGGACGGGCGUCUGGCCGGCCUCAGCGAGCCUCCAGACGGCCACUGCCACCUCUCUCCGAGCGGCCUCUACGAUGGGACACGAUUCGAUUACCCCUCCAUCGGACAGCUGGCCCGGGUCCUCACCGCCAACAACAUCCAGCUCAUAUUCGCCGUCACCAAAAACAUUUCUGCAGCUUAUGAGGAACUGAGUAAAAUGAUCCCACAGUCUGUGGUCGGAGUUCUGGAGAGCGAUUCCAGCAAUGUGGUCCAGAUCAUCAAAAAUGCUUACAAUAGCCUGUCCUCCAGCGUGGUCCUGGAGCACCACGGCGCCCCCCAGGGGCUGGAGGUGGCCUACCAGGCCUACUGCACGAGCCCGAGCCCGGGCCCGCCCGGGCUCCAGCCCUGGAGCCAAAGAGCAGAGUGCAAGGACAUCAAGAUCAACCAGCAGGUGGAUUUCUACGUCCAGCUGAACAUGUCCAGGUGUCUGGAGCAGACAGAGUUCCACCUCUCCGUUCAGGGCAUCAGUGAGCAGCUGAAGGUCGAGGUGAAGAUGAAGUGCGAGUGCGACUGCGGCCCGGUAGAGGAGGCGUCUCCCUCCUGCAGCGGUCACGGCACGCUGCACUGCGGCACAUGCAGAUGCAACCCGGGCUUCCUGGGCCAGACGUGUGACUGCCAGCAGAGUGAGGACCAUGUCUCUCUCUACGAGAAGUGCCGUCAUGGCGGGUCCUCUCAGCUGUGCAGUGGCCACGGCAGCUGCGAGUGUGGCAAGUGUGCGUGCCAGCACAGCUUCAGCGGGCCAUUCUGCGAGUGUGACGACAGCAACUGCGCACAAAGCAACCAGCAGUUGUGUGGCGGAAACGGGAAGUGUGUUUGUGGGAAGUGUAACUGCUUGGCCGCUUACGGAGGGGAGGCCUGCGACUGCUCCACGCUCACCGACCGGUGCCAGACGGCAGGCAGACCCUGUAGCGGCCGCGGGGACUGUCUCUGCAACAGAUGCGUCUGCAAGGGCGGGUUUGACGGGGACCACUGCUCCCACAUUCCCAACAACUGCACCAAAUACGAGAAGUGUGUGAGGUGCAUUUCCAAUCUUGCGGGAGAGGGCGCUGAGGCCUGCGAGGUCCCCUGUGAGGGGGCGGAGUUGAGCAGUAAGGAUGGACGGACGCUUCAGGACGCCCACUGCAGCUUCCAGUCCUUCCUGUACGACGUGACGCUGACUCCCCAGGGCAUCGUCCACCUCCGCUACGCCGAAAUGCCCAGAACUAUUGAUAAGACUUGGGUGAUCAUCUGGAGCACCAUGUCAGGAAUCGUCUUCAUCGGCCUGUUGAUCAUCCUCAUCAGCCGUCUGCUUCUCGAGUUCCACUACCGCCGGGAGUACCAAAGCUCCGUCACAGACCAGCAGCAGACCGACUGGAAGGAGACUCACAUUCCCUUGUUCAAAGAUACCACCACCACCACUGUCAUAUUUAGAUGAUUUUUCUAUAUUACAUUUUAUUUUACAUUUAGGUUUACUUUCUGACUAUUCUGUUUUUUAUAAGUAUUUGUAAACUAGCCAGAUUCAUAUGGUAGGCUAUGUAAUAUACAUUUUAUUUUGAACUCAUCAUUGUAUAUGCAUAAUGAGUAAUCAUUUAACCCAGCGAGCUGUUGCCUCACUCAAUACACUCUGCAACAUUUUCAAACAACUCACUAUUUAGAUAUAUAUAUAAUUUUUCUAUACUACAUUUUAUUUUACAUUUACGUUUUCUGUCUGACUAUUCAAUUUUUUAUAUGUAUUUGUAAACUAGACAGUGUAAUACAUAUUUUAUUUUGCUCUCAUCAUUGCAUAUGCUUGAUGUGUGACCAUUCAACAUAGCGAGCUGUUGUCUCACUCAAUACACUCUGCGACAUUUAAAAAAAUUCACUAUUUUAAUAUAUAUAUAUAUAUAUAAUUUUUCUAUAUUACAUAUUAUUUUACAUUUAGGUUUUCUUUCGGACUAUUCCGUUUUUUAUAUGUAUUUGAAAACUUGACAGAUUCAUAUUAGUAGGCACUGUAAUGCACAUUUUAUUUUGCACUCAUCAAUGAAUAUGAAUUAUGAGUGAUCAUUCAACCCAGUGUCUCACUCAAUACACAACUAGACUGAUUCAUAUUAUUAGGCUGUG